CAUGCUUCCACUCCUGGGUUGUUUGGUUGGUUUGGUUUUGUUGUUGUUUUUAAACAAAUAACAUGAUGAGUUUGCACACAGCUGAACUUGGGAAGUAACUUCCUCAACUUCUGCCAAAAUCAGCUAGCCAGCUUUGGAGCUCAUCCUGAAUGCGGUUUCAUUUUAGCAGUUUGACCAGAAACAUAGAUUGUGGGCAUGUUGGGACACACUGUAAAACCUUCCUUUUUUGAUAAAAAGCUUUGCCACUCUUAGCAGAUUGCUGUUUGUGGUAGCUAUAAAGCCAGCAACAGGGAGUGGAAUAUCCUGCUAGACUUCUGUUUUGUUGAAUUUCACAGGGAAGGCACUUGGAUAUCACAGUUCAAAGCACAGAAGAGAAGUCCAGGCUCAAGGGCUCCUUUUCUAGUCUCUCCAGGGCAAAAAUGUCUGCAGCAUGCGGUUUCGUUGCACUCCACACUGGGCAGAAGAUGCCUCUCGUAGGACUGGGAACUUGGAAAAGUGAAUGUGGCCAAGUGAAGGAAGCAGUGAAAUAUGCCCUAAGCGUGGGUUAUCGCCACAUCGAUUGUGCAGCAGCUUACAGCAAUGAAGCAGAGAUCGGUGAGGCUUUCCAGGAGUGCCUUGGGCCCAACAAGGUUAUUAAAAGGGAGGACCUGUUUGUAACAUCAAAGCUCUGGAAUACCAAGCACCACCCAGAAGACGUAGAGCCAGCACUAAGGAAAACACUUGAAGACUUGAAAUUGAGUUACUUGGACCUGUACCUCAUGCAUUGGCCUCAUGCCUUUGAACGAGGGGACAAUCUCUUCCCAAAGAAUCCUGAUAACACGAUGCGUUAUGAUUACACUGAUUACAAGGAUACCUGGAAGGCUAUGGAGAAGCUGGUAGGAAAAGGUCUUGUGAAAGCCAUUGGGCUGUCAAACUUCAACAGCCGUCAGAUCGAUGAUAUACUGAGCGUGGCUACUGUCAAACCAGCUGUGCUCCAGGUAGAAUGCCAUCCUUACCUAGCUCAGAACGAGCUGAUAGCUCACUGCCAGAAGCGAGGACUGGUUGUCACUGCUUACAGCCCCCUUGGUUCUCCAGAUCGCAUGUGGAAACACCCAGAUGAGCCUGUGCUUCUAGAAGAACCUGGGAUCAAAAAACUGUCAGAAAAAUACAGCAAGUCACCUGCACAGGUUAUUCUCAGAUGGCAAGUGCAGCGUAAAGUGGUUGUGAUUCCCAAGAGUGUCACUCCCGCUCGCAUUCAGCAGAAUCUCCAGGUGUUCGAUUUCAGCCUCACAGAAGAAGAGAUGAGCCACAUUGGAGGCCUGAAUAAAAACUGGCGUUACAUUGUGCCAAUGAUCACGGUGGAUGGCAAGCUAGUGGCCAGAGAUGCUGGACACCCCCAUUACCCCUUCAAUGACCCCUAUUAACUACUAGAAAAUAAGAUGUUAAGUAACAUGCUCCUCUGCAUGUCCUUCCACAAAAUAAUCGUUGCCACAAUUUGUCAAAAAAUCCUGUCCAAAUGAAACCUUCCUUCCUGAGUAGGUUUACUUACACUGUACUGCUUCUGAUUGACCUCCUUUCUGGAGAUACUGUAGGUUCCAUGUCAAAGUUUGUGGAUUUAUUACAAUGACCACAAGCUUGCUCGUGGAAGCAUCAAAUCUUUGGGGAAUUAGAAAAAGAGUGGGGGAGUCUAAAUCGAGUUCAGAACAUGUCAUUAUCAGGCUAGGGCAAUACUUUGGGUUUACUGCCUGUGAAACUGUUUUGAAGGCUUUAGUUAUUGCCACGAGGGAAAAAAAAAACCAAAGAGGUGAAGGCAUGAAAGCAUUUUAAGUGUACAAAACUGCUUAGCCAUCAACUUUGAUAUCUUUAUUAAUAAUUUUUUAUACAGUGAAUAAAGUGAAAUGUGCUACAGUUGUACUAUGUCCAUAAACCAUUCACUAAAACCCAAGUAACCAGCCAUGGCCAGUGCUUUUUAUCCACUUUGAGUACUUGUGGAACUUGGCAUUCUCCAUUUUCUUUUUCUUGUAAUUUGCCUGGAGAUUUGAGGAGAAAAAAAUGCAUACCCUGGUGCAGGCCUCCAGGGCAAUCUUCUCUUGCUUGUCACAGGGAUAGGUUUUGGCUCUGACAAUAGCUCUGAUCGUCCUGUCACAAAAGCCUCCAGAACUUUUUUGUAAGUCUUGUAGAAAAAUGUCCUGCUUUUCCUGUAAAGUUUCCUGGUAUCUCUUUACCAAAGAUGUCCAGUUUGAGUUUCGGAAGGUCACAAUAUCAUAAGAACGAAGACCUGUCAGUGGGCCCCUUCCAUUUUAAUGUCACAUUUUGGACUGCUGCCUGGGUUGAUGCUUGGGAGAGCUGGUCCUGGCCCCUGUUCUUCUGCUGACCUGCUGGAAACACUGGGCAUUUGCUUGCCUUUCCUGUGCCUCUUUUCCUACUUGCCAUAUCUCCAGGUUACUCCCUGGUGGAAGCUAGUUUACUGAGUGCUGGUACGCUGUUGAGCAGGACUGGAACUCCAGCUCUGACACUGGUUUUGAUGCAGUCUCUUAAGGAGUUGUCCAGCCAUCUCGGUACAAAGGGCGUGAGGUGAUAGCGCCUACCAGUACUCUGAAGGUGAUACUUUCUGUGGCCUUAGCAGUGUUAACGCUUUAUUUUGGUUUUCUCUACCUGUAAAAUAGACUUAAUGCUCAUUUGCCUUGGUGCAGGCAGGGUAGCGAGGCGGUUUCUAAAGGCCUCUCAAAUGUAAAACAAAGGCACUCUCUUAUCUCUGUUGAUGCCAUUCAGAGACAGUCAUAGACUUCUCCUUUGCUGCUGGAUAAAGAAAGCUUAACUGACUGUGAAAUAAAGAGCACUUAGAAUUAGAAAAAUAAGCCUCUGUAUUCAAAUAGUUCAAAAAUUAAAGGAUUAGAUUCUUUUAGUUUUGAUAACCUCAUUUACAGUAGGCCUGUAGUAAAACUAUAUAUUCAAUGCAGGCGUAAUGUUGCCUCAAGUAUUUCCUGCCCUGGGCCUCACAGCGUGCAGCUGAACUGUGACAAACCUGUUUUAUCACUCUUUGUAAUCCUUAUGUAAAAUUUAAAGAACUCCUGUGUUAGGUGUUUCCUAAUUCCUGCUGAAUUUACUUCAGUGGAGAAAGCCAUUACACCUCCAUUAGGAUUCUUUACUAGCCUGGAUGUUUUCUUCUAAGGGAGAUGAAAUCCCUGUCGUUUGGGUUUUUUAUUAUUCUAAUCAAACGCGGGUGACUUUAAAUACAGUUCUUACUGCAGAUCAGUAGGGAAGCAAUUUUACUUUCAAGGCGCUAUGUAGAAUGUUAACAGCAGUCAUCAUGCCAAGGAAGGCGACUUUUGUUGCGUAUAUUUCCACUUGCAUGUCUUAAAUAAAUACUGUACUCGGUGU